AGCUGGUUGUAUGAAUUCAUGAUAGCAUCAGAACUAUCAUGUGACAAAGUACCUAUCAACUGGCAUUCGAUUAUUGACUAAAUUUGCGCCUGGCCCGCGGUAUAUAGAUGCGGGAAGUGGUUUGGUCUGCUUAAACCACAAUCAUCAUCAUUGGUAACUAGAAAAUUCACUGCGUAUACGAAUAACACCGAAACUAGAGACAUACUACUUAAAAUAUUGUUUAAAUUGAAACUGUUGCUUUUUACGACAAGGCAGUAGUAUAGUUUAGUACUUUAGCCUGUCCAGUUGGUGUAAAAAAAAAACUAUCAGUAGUGUCAGUGUCAAUGUCAUUGUCAAACUGAUGGUGAUGGUUACCAAAUGAUCGCCCUGUAGCCGAGAAUAGUUUAUUUUUAUCCGAUUUACUGUCGUUUUAAGCAUAAAUACUCAACACAGAAAUUAAAAGGAAUGAGUACUUGUAGAACUUGCCUUAAAACUCCGGCUGACAAAGAUAUUUCAAAGCUGAAAAAGAGUAUAAAAGAUGACAACAAAAAAUGCAUUGAUAUCAUAGAGUAUUGUUUGGAUAUAAAGGUUACAGAAGAUUCCAAAAUAACAACGAAGCUAUGCCACAACUGCUACAGGAAAAUCAUUUCGUUUUACAAGUUUAAGGCUCUAUCUUUGAAAAAUGAUGCCUAUUUGAGGUCUCUGGAGCCAGCUGUGCAGUUGGUAGACCAAAAACGAUCAGUUUAUGUUGACGGAAACGGAAUUAAACACGAGAAUCCAUUGGAAUCUGAUGAUUACGGUCCAAGUAUAGUUGAAGAAUACACAGCAAUAAAAAUAGAAAUAGAUUUUAAACAUGAACAUACAUUAGAAGAUGAAGUAGAUGCUGAAAAUGUAGACACAUCAGGAAACGUAGACACAUCGGGAAAUGUAGAGAUAGAUGUUAAGGAUGAACAUAAUGAGAUGCUAAAUGAAAAGUCACUAUGUGACUUAUCAAUAUAUAAAAAACGCGGCCAUCCCAAGAAACUAAGCCCAAAAGAAGAAAGAAUGAAGCCAAAAAAACGAAUAUGCGAGGAAUGUGGAAAGACAGUUCUUAAUCUCAAGCAGCAUUUGCUGCAGCACCAACCAAAGGAGGAGAGGAAGAUGCUGCAGUGCCAGGCGUGUCCGAAGGUGUUCUCGUCUAGAAGCGGUAGAAACAAGCAUUAUGUGGUCGCACAUUUAGGACGAAAAAUGAAAUGUGAUAUUUGUCAUAAAGAAGUGUCAAGUGUGAAAACGCACAAGAUGCAAGUUCAUAACCGGCACGAAUUACCUUUUGGCUGCUUGUUCUGUUCGAAACGCUUCAUCUCUCGGUCCGGGCUCGAGGCGCACGUCGCCGGGCACACUAAACACUUGCCAUACGAGUGUGACGACUGCCACAAGAGGUUCCGGUCUAAAAUGUCCAUCUCUAGUCAUAUGCGCACGUCGCCGGGCACACUAAACACUUGCCAUACGAGUUCAUAUGUAAGUAGCUUCAUCUCUCGGUCCGGUCUCGAGGCGCACGUCGCCGGGCACACUAAACACUUGCCAUACGAGUGUGACGAGUGCCACAAGAGGUUCCGGUCUAAAAUGUCCAUCUCUAGUCAUAUUCGGAUGGUUCACAUAAAAGAAAAACUCUAUCAAUGUCAUCUCUGUUCGAAGGCUUUCUUCAAAAAGUAUUCACUUCAAAAACAUGUAUGGUCACACACCAAAGAACGUCCGUUUGAGUGCGAGGAUUGCGGCAAAUCGUUCGGAGACAGGACCACGUUGAGGAACCACCGCCUUACUCAUGUAGAUGUCAAGAGCUUCCGCUGUGAGGUCUGCGAUAUGAGCUUUGCGAGAAAGGGGUAUCUAUCGGCCCAUAUGGUGAAGCACACGAAGGAGAAGCGCUACCCGUGCGCGUUCUGCGGCGCGCGCUUCGGCCGCUCCGACCACCGCAACCGGCACGAGCUCACCGCGCACAAGAAAUUCUUAAACGCGUCAAACGACUGAGGACCUUUUCUCUAAGAAAUAAGGUUGAAAUUCCCUCCGCAGCUGGAGUUCAACGCGUACAAGAAAUUCUUAAACGCGUCCAACUUGAGGACUUUUGUGUUCAAGGAUUAAGGUUGAAAUUCUGUCCGCAGCCGGAGUUCAUCGUGUAUGAACCAAUUCUAAACCUGACAAACUAUUGAGGACCUUUUCUCUAAGCGAUAAGGUUGUAAUUCCCUCCGCAGCUGGAGUUCAUCGCGCACAAGAAAUUUCUAAACGCGUGCAACGAUUGAGGACUUUUGUGUUCAAGGAUUAAGGUUGAAAUUCCCUCCGAAGCUGGAGUUAAUCGCGAACAAGACAUUUUUAAACGCGUGCAACGACUGAGGACUUUUGUGUUCAAGUAUUAAGGUUGAAAUUCCCUCCGCAGCCGGAGUUCAUCGUGUAUGAACCAAUUCUAAACGUGACAAACGAUUAUGGAUUUUUCUUUAAGAAAUAGGGUUGAGAUUUUGUCCAGCCAUCUUCGCCACGUGCACCGAU